AUGUUCAAAUCCGUCAACUACACUGCACCGCAAUGCGAGAAUAAGGAACUUCCAGCUGCACCGAACAACACCGCUCAGGUCAUCCAGUACUUGCAGCAGUCGCAGCUCGGUCUAUCAGUCGUGUCCCGAGACCUCUGGGAAAAUAGUAAAGAUCUGAAGACGGACCUUUGCAAUUCGUUCAGGCCAUAUCGUGUUGUUGCCUAUUAUUCGAAGAAGGGUUACUUCGAGAACAUGACAGACAUCUACCCGGACGCCAAGCAGAACUGUCCCAAUGUCAAAGGCAGCAGCACCACGAACCUCGACAUCAACACCCUUCCACAAGUCGUUUUAAGCGGCAGUGACGAACCCAAAACACCUCGCGAAGACCUACCACCUCCUCCCUUCUCACCACAAUCGCUCUCAGCACUUGUCCAGUAA